AUCAUAAGGAGGUCAGGUCAUGAUUGGGUGAGGUGUCUGUGGACAGAAAUUGUGCUAAAGAAGAACAGUUCCUAUUUUUUCUGGUUGUGUGCGGAGUCAUCUACAAGAGGACGUCGAUACAUAAAUCUGAAAUCUAAGUCAUCUCCAAGCAUGGAUGAUUUGGGCUUGAUUUUCACUGAUGAGGAGUUGAGCCUCCUGAACUUCACUGAAUGGGAAUUUGUCGAGCCUGAGGACCUUGGUCCUGUGCUGGGGCCCCGUCACCUGUUCGCCCUGGUGUUCUAUAGCUUGGUCUUCCUGCUGGGGGUCCCGGGCAACGCUCUGGUGGUGUGGGUGACAGGCUUCCGCAUGCCGCGCUCAGUCACCUCUCUGUGGUUCCUCAACCUGGCCCUGGCUGACCUGCUGUGCUGCCUGUCCCUGCCCCUCCUCAUGGUGCCCCUGACCAUGGACCAGCACUGGCCCUUUGGCCCCGUGGCCUGCAAGCUGCUCAAGGGACUAAUCUACCUGGUCAUGUAUUGUAGCGUGCUGCUGCUAGUACUUAUCAGCCUGGACCGCUGGCUGCUGGUCAGCUUGCCCGUGUGGUGCCAGAACUGGAGGAGGCCACGCAAGGCCGCCUGGGUAUGUGUCGGGUUGUGGCUCCUGGCCCUGCUGGGCAGCAUCCCCCAGUUUGUCUACGUGAAGGAGGUCCAGCUAAGCACCAGUAAAUCAGAGUGCCUGGGAUCUCACACUAUAGUUAGCGCCUGGACUAUCACUACAGUACGCUUCCUGUUGGGUUUUGUGAUGCCAUUCAUCACCAUCGUGGCGUGUCAUUGGGUUGUGUAUAGCAGGGCCGGGCGGGGAUCUGGGGUGGGGUCUGGGAGGGUGAGUGAGGUGCGCUCCAGACGCACCUUGAGGGUCAUUUUUGCUGUGUUGCUGAGCUUCUUCCUGUGCUGGGUUCCACUGCACAUAUUGGAUUUCCUGAUCCUAUUGACCCCCCGGCACUCAUCGCACAGCGCCAACAUACAGCUGGCCCACACCCUGGCCCUCUGUCUUGCCUACUGUAACAGCUGCCUCAACCCUCUGAUCUAUGUGUGUCUGGGACGAGGCUUUAAGCAGAGUAUUAAUCGUUCCCUGCGCAGUAUGUUAAACUUCGCCACCGAGGAGCCGCUACCCAGAAAGAGCAUAUCCAAGAGCACAUCAGAAAGAACCCAGGAGAUGAAUAUAAUGUAAAGUUCUGUGUGUGUGUGUGUGUGUGUGUGUGUGUGUGUGUGUGUGUGUGUGUGUGUGUGUGUGUGUGUGUGUGUGUGUGUGUGUGUGUGUAAACCAUGAGAACCUGCUGAGUCAGAGUGUUUUGUGACAUUAAAAAGUGCUGAGAGACGUGAUUUGAAUCCAGUGUUGUUUAACAGAACAGGAACUUCUGCCCUCUCUGUAAUAUAUUUCCGCCAGCAAUCACACUUGUGCAAUUACAUUUGGCUUUAUCUGUAUUUAAGGGCUCUAUUCAAUCAGAUCCGCUUUAGCUGACAUCCCCAAUAAGGUUGUUUUGGUGGUGUGAGAGGUGGAACUGCGUUAGAACUGUCACACCAGUGCCAUGAUUACUGUAUAUAUGUGAUAACCUUUGUAUGCUUGCAAUGCGUAAUGAUGGAAAAGUACUGGGUAAAUGGAGAUGUACUGCUUUAGUUCUCAGGCUGAGAAUUGUCUGCACCUGCUGAUAGUCACAUAGGCUCAAGGCCGAGAUAGUAGAGUGAAAAACCACAGUGUAGACAUGUUUUUCUCAUCUUAGAUGCUUUGUAUCUAAUCAAAUGGAACAAUGUUAACUGCUUAAGUGAUCCCUUCACGCACCAAUCCCGUUAACUUCUUGGUGACAGGGGGCAGUAUUUUCACGUCCCGGAUGAAAUGCAUGCCCAAAUUCAACUGCCUGCUACUCAUCCCCAGAAGAUAAGAUAUGCAUAUAAUUAGUAGAUCAUGAUAGGAAACACUCUGAUUCUAAAACUGUUUGAAUCAUGUCUGUGAGUAUAGCAGAACUUAUUUAGCAGGCGUAACCCUGAGGACAAACCAUUCAGAUUUUAUUUUUAGGUCACUCUCUUUUCAAUGGGAUUUCAUUGGGAAUCCAGAUUUCUAAGGGACCUUCUUGCAGUUCCUAUCGCGUCCACUGGAUGUCACCAGUCUUUAGAAAUUGGUUGAGGUUUUUCCUUUGUGUAAUGAAGAAGUACGGCAAUCUUGAACGAGGGUCACUUGAAGUGUACUGUUAGAGGCGCGUGACCAGAAAGCUAGCUACAGUUUGUUUUCCUCCUGUAUUGAACACAGAUCAUCCCGUCUUCAAUUUUAUCGAUUAUUUACGUAAAACAAUACCUAAAGUUGUACUACAAAAGUAGUUUGAAAUGUUUUGGCAAAGUUUACAGGUAACUUUUGAGAUAUUUUGUAGUCACAUUGUGUAAAUUGGAACCGGUGUUUUUCUGGAUCAAACGCGCCAAAUAAAUGGACAUUUUGGAUAUAUAUCGACGGAAUUAAUUGAACAAAAGGACCAUUUGUGAUGUUUAUGGGACAUAUUGGAGUGCCAACAAAAGAAGCUUGUCAAAGGUAAGGCAUGAAUUAUAAUUUUAUUUCUGCGUCUUGUGUCGCGCCUGCAGGGUUGAAAUAUGCUUCUCUCUCUUUCUUUACUAUGGUGCUAUCCUCAGAUAAUAACAUUGUUUGCUUCCGCCGAAAAGCCUUUUUGAAAUCUGACAUGUUGGCUGGAUUCACAAAAAGUGUAGCUUUAAUUUGCUAUCUUGCAUGUGUGAUUUCAUGCAAGUUUGAUUUUUAUAGUAAUUUAUUUUAAUUUGUCGCUCUGCAUUUUCUCUGGCUUUUGGCCAGACGCUACCGUCCCACAUGUCCCAGAGAGGUUAACGGGAUUGAUUUGACAACACCCAGUGAAAUAGCAGCGUGCCAAAUUCAAAAAGAGAAAUACUCAUACAAGAAAUCAUACAAGUGUUAUACAUCAGUUUAGAGAUGAACUUCUUGUUAAUCCAGCCACAGUGUCAGAUUUCAAAAAGCCUUUAUGGUGAAAGCAAACCAUGCUAAGGACAGCGCCCAGCAUACCAACACAUGAAAAUCAUAUUUCAACACGCCAGGCGCGACACAAAAGUCAGAAAUAACGAUACAAGUCAUGCCUUACCUUUGAAGAUCUUCUUCUGUUGGCACUCCAAUAUGUCCAUUAAACAUCACAAAUGGUCCUUUUGUUCGAUAAACUCUGUCGUUAUAUCCCCAAAAUGUCCAUUUAUUUGGUGCUCUUGAUUCAGAAAAUACACCGGUUCCAACUAGCGCAACAUGACUACAAAGUAUCUAAUAAGUUACCUAUAAACUUGAUCCAAACAUUUCAAACAACUUUCCUAAUAAAACUUUGGGUAUUUACCUCUUAGGGAAGCUGCGAAUUUUCGCAGCUUUUUGUUAAAAAUCGCGCAACAUUUCAGCGCCCUGCUAUUCAUGCCAGGAAUAUAGUAUAUGCAUAUGAUUAGUAUGUGUGGAUAGAAAACACUCAGACGUUUCUAAAACUGGUUAAAUCACGGCUGUGACUAUAACAGAACGUGCGUUUCAUCGAAAAGUGCAGGAAAAUCUGAUCACUGAAAAUGGAAAUAAAUAUCCAUGCGCCACUUCCAGGAAUUGUUAAAGGUGAACCUGAUUAAAUGAGGCCGAGGUUGCAGUACCUACAGCUUCCACACGAUGUCUAGAGUCUUGUCAUUUGCUUCGGCUUUGAUUAUUGGUCAAACCGACACAAGGGAACCGAUUCCCUCCGGUCUCCGACCGGAUGUUUUGGUUGAGAUUUCUCCGGACAUUAUUUCCAGACGGACACCUAUAGAAUUUACAUCACCUCCUGAUGAAUUUUAUCACUUAUUAACGUGUACUAAUACCUAAAGUUGCAUUACAAAAGUAUUUCGAAGUGUUUUGUGAAAGUUUAUCGUCGACUUUUUUAAUUUAAAAAAAUGACGUUACGUUAUAAAACGCUAUUUUUUUCCAUUGUUCACACAGUAUUCAUAGAUCGAUAUCUAGGCUAUAUAUGGACCGAUUUAAUCGAAAAAAGACCCAAAAUGAUGUUUAUGGGACAUCUAGGAGUGCCAAGAAAGAAGCUCGUCAAAGGUAAUGAAUGUUUUAUAUUUUAUUUCUGCGUUUUGAGUAGCCCCCGGCUAUCGCAAAAUCUGUCGUUAGGUGACGUUGCUGUAUUCUGGGGGAUACAUGCUAUCAGAUAAUAGCUUCUCAUGCUUUUGCCGAAAAGCAUUUUACAAAUCUGACUUGGUGGAUAGAUUCACAACGAGUGUAGCUUUAAUUCAGUACAUUGUAUGUCCAUUUUAAUGAAAGUUUGAGUUUUAUCAACCACUAUAGGUGGCGCUCUUGAACAUUUCCGCUGAUUGAUGUUCCCACCACGGGACCACGGCCCUAACAAGUUUUAAACGUAAAUAAUCUAUAAAAUUUAAGACGGAAUAAACCGUGUUCAAUAGCGGAUAAAAUGGAAGUGGAGCAAGCUUUCAGGUCGUGCACACCAAACACAACAGUGCACUUGGCUCGACUCCCAGAAAGGAAAUGGCUACUUCUUCAUUUCUCAAAGGAAAAACAUCAACCAAUUUCUAAAGACUGUUGACAUCUAGUGGAAGCCAUAAGAACUGCAACCAGAUCCCUCAUAAAUCUAGUUCCCCAUAGAAAACAAAUUGAAAAGAGAGUGACCUCAAAAAUAAAAUUCCUGGAUGGUUUGUCCUCGGGGUUUCGCCUGCCAAAUAAGUUCUGUUAUACUCACAUACAUAAUUGUAACAGUUUUAGAAACGUUAGAGUGUUGUCUUUCCAAAUGCACCAUUAUAUGCAUACCCUAGCUUCUGAGCCUGAGUAGCAGGCAGUUUACUUUGUGCACACUUUUCAUCCGGACGUGAAAAUAGUGCCCCCUUGCCUUAAUUAAGAUAUGAUUGACGGUAGGUUGUAUAAAGACUGUUGUCUCCUGUUUCGCCAUACAAAUCUUUACUAUGGACUACUGAGGUACUCUGUAUGUGAAUCUCUGUCUGCAAUUGCAUUGUAUUACUAAAGAGUUUUAUACCAAG